AAAAUAUUACAUAUUUUAAAAUUAAAAAAAAAAAAAAGAAAUUGUUCUGCCUUCCCUUGUGACUGUGCAUCGGCGGAACAACAGGGAGUUUCAACUCCCUAACAUGCCAACCAGCAACCCAACAAGCCACAAACACGACGCGACACCAGCAGGAGCAGACAUGGACUUCAGCGGCACCUGGAAAGUGUAUUUGGAGCAAAACCUGGAGGAGUUCAUGAAGGCAAUGGGUGCGCCCCAAAUGGUCAUCAAGAUGCGCAAGGAUGUCAAGCCACUGAUUGUGUUCGAGCAGAAGGGCGACGCUUGGACUUACACGUUUAAGACCCCCAAAUUUACCAAGACGCACUCCUUCUGCAUCGGCAAGGAGACGGAAAUUACUUCGGUGGACGGCAGGAAGUUCAAAUGCGUUGUCAGGGAGGAGAACGGGAAGCUGAUUACCGAGGCUGACAAAUUCACCUCUGUACGAGAAAUCCAAGGGGAGGACAUGGUUGAGACGGUCACAACUGGUUCUGUGACUUACGUCUGCAGAAGCAAGCGAGUGUGACGUCAUCAUUCAUCAGCAACCACCAGAAUUAAAAGGAAGACAUUAAUACGAUUAAACAUGGAUCAUUAAACAG